CUUGUAUAAAAGCCUUUCCGGCAGCUUGAGCAAACGGCAGAUCAGCCACAUGCAAAGAAUAUCGAUCAAAAAAAGAAAAGGAAAAAAAUAACAAUAUUAGAAGUGUAAGCUUUACCCCCCAAAAAAAAUAUCCGAAUGGAAUAAACAAUCACAUUACUGACAAACUGGGGGGAAAAGAAAGAGAGAGAGAGAGAGAGAUUAUCUACCUCGUCAAUCUUAAAUCGUUUUUUUUUUUAAAACAAAAUAGAUAUAUAUUUUUAAGAAAACUAUUUAAAAACGUAAACUUUCUACUAUUGUAUUGUACGCAUCGGUGUUGUUGUUGUUGUUGUUAUUAUUAUUAUUAUUAUUAUUAUUAUUAUUAUUAUUAUUAUUAUUAUUUAAUGAUUUUGCAUCGAUCCUUGAUUUGCUCUCCAGAAGCUAUGCAUACGGUUCAAAAGGACACUACUUUCACAAAGAUAUUUGUUGGUGGGUUGCCGUACCAUACCACGGACUCUUCCCUGAGAAAAUACUUCCAGGUUUUUGGAGACAUCGAUGAAGCGGUCGUCAUUACAGACAGACAGACCUCCAAGUCUAGAGGCUAUGGCUUUGUGACCAUGGCGGAGCGGAGCGCUGCAGAGAUGGCCUGCAAAGACCCCAAUCCCAUCAUCGAUGGCAGGAAGGCCAACGUGAACCUGGCUUACCUGGGAGCCAAACCCCGCAGCAUGCAGACAGGUUUUACUCUUGGUGUUCAGCAGAUUCACCCAGCCCUAAUCCAGCGGCAGAAUGGGCUGGCUCAGCAGUACAUGUACCCGCAAGCCUUCGUCCAGCCCAGCUUGAUGAUCCCCAGCCAGCUGUCCUCCGUCAGCUCCCCCUACGCCGACUACAAUGCCAUCUGCGCCCAGUACGCCUCGGCCGCCUUCGAGCAGUACCCCUACGCAGCCUCGCCGGGGUUCCUGGGAUACAGCUACCCCCCCACCAUCGCUGCCGCAGCAGCUAGUGCCAUGCAGCAGCCCCUCUCCACAGCCGCCCACACCCCCGCCGCUGCCUUCGUGCAGUACCCCUCCCAGCAGGUCCAGCCCGACCGCCUGCAGUAGAUUGGGCUUGGGGGUGAGUCAGUGGGGGGGACGAGGGCGGCACAAUCAUACCAGGGGAGGGCAUCAACUUAUUGCACUAUAAUAAAGAGGACUGCUGGCCAGCGGAAGGAUACAGGAUUGCAUCAAGGGCUUCCAUUCCACUUCCCUCCCCUUGUUGCAAGAAGAUUGUUGUUGUUGAAACCAACAAACUGUAAUCGGCAUGACCAAGGAUUAGCUGGGGAUGCGGUACUCUGACAGUGGAAAAAGAGGUCAGAAAGGUGGGGAUGGGAUGGGACGGGACUAGAAAGAAAUACAAAGAUCUUGAGCAAUUGUAUCACCUGUUAAUCGUCCGUUUGGAGGAAGUCUGAGGUACUACAGAACACACAGGCUUGAAAUUGGCACCCUUUGUUCUACAGAAAGAGGAAAUGCAACCCAAGCAGCAGGAGUACUUUGAAGACCGCUGGCUGUUAUUGAUUCUGAAUGUGUUAGAAGAGCUCGUCACUGGAGCUGUCAACACCACAAGCCAAUUUAAAAAACAAAAUGUAGAUAGGAUUCUCUCUCUCUCUCUCUCUCUCUCUCUCUCUCUCUCUCUCUCUCUCUCUCUCUCUCUCUCUCUCUCUCUCUCUCUCUCUCUCUCUCUCUCUCUCUCUCUCCCUCUCUCCCCACACACAGAUUAAAUUAUGAUAAGUAGAUUCACGAGAUGAUUUCAAUAUGCAAUUAAGGGGGAAUAGUGGGGUGGGGUUGGUGAAAAUAAAUAUUUCUGAAGUAGUCUCUGGAAGUAUGGAUUAUUAGAACUGUUCUAAAAUUCUUAAAUGAUGCUUUUUUCUUUCUUUUUCUUUUUAAAUACAAACUAAUAUUUUUCAUACGUCCAAAGUACACUUGUUUUAUUUUAACUUUUUUUUUUUUUUUUUUAUAGCUGCAGCUUUAAGAUACAUCUACAGUAUUCAUGUCAAGAUAUUUAAGAAAAAAAAAGCUGAAAAAGUUACAAACUAUUAUUUUUUUAA